GCAAGCUUGUUCUCUGACGUAUCUCAAUGAAAACAACUACACUCCGGUAUCCUUUCCACCGGGAAAAUUGUCUGAAUGGGAUGCCUUUGACAUAACCUGGAUCGGGACAGGAGUAACGUUUGCCAGUACGAGAGACCUGCAAUUAAGGACAUAUAUUCCGGAUUCAACACUAUACUGCGACAGCUGGAUUGACAACAAUGAUGGAUUUGGCUAAUUGCUAGCUAAUAACCAACCCACCAAUCUAACGUUGGCUAACUAACGUUAGCUAGCUAGCACAGUCAGCUAGCUAACAGGCACAAUUAGCUAAAUCUUUGAAGAGGAACCACGGACGGAUCUGUAGUCAAAUUAGCAACUGUCUGCCAAGUUAGGGUAACAGCGUCACCAUUUCCGGGCUUGUGAUAUCUGGGAUUGUGGAGCGGGACGUUGCUUUGAGGGGUACGGGGAUCGGAUCUGUAUCGGUUUCUAUACCCGGACAGCUAGAGGACAGCAUGGCUGCAGGAAAGGGAGCAGGGAAGCCCUCGCUAUUGCAGAACGAGCGUAUACGAUUCAUUGUCUGUUUUCUCGGAGUCUUCGUUUGUUAUUUUUACUAUGGCAUAUUACAAGAGACAAUUACCCGAGGACAGUAUGGUGAGGGGGAGAAGAAGGAGAAGUUUGUUUAUGCCACAACGCUGGUGUUCAUCCAAUGCAUCAUCAAUGCUGGGUUUGCCAAGAUCUUGAUUCAGUUUUUUGAGGGUUCCAGACCAGACCACACCAAGAGCUGGCUCUAUGGAGUGUGUUCCCUAUCUUAUCUUGGAGCCAUGGUAUCCAGCAACUCUGCCCUACAGUAUGUCAACUACCCCACACAGGUGUUGGGGAAGUCUUGUAAGCCCAUCCCAGUGAUGAUUCUGGGUGUAUUUGUACUGAGGAAGAAAUACCCACUGGCCAAGUACCUGUGUGUGCUGUUGAUCGUCAGCGGGGUGGCCCUGUUCCUCUAUAAACCCAACAAGAGUGUCACUUCCACAGAAUCUGCUUUUGGCUUCGGGGAGAUCCUGUUGCUGCUAUCUCUGACCAUGGAUGGUUUGACUGGUGUGGCCCAGGACCACAUGAGGAGUCUCUUCCAGACCAGUGCCAACCACAUGAUGCUCAACAUCAACAUGUGGUCCACCCUGGUGCUGGGACUAGGGGUGUUGUGGACAGGUGAGGUAUGGGACUUCCUGAGCUUCACAGACCGUCACCCCAGCAUCUUCUGGAACAUCCUUUUGUUUGGAAUAACUAGUGCUUUAGGACAGACCUUCAUCUUCAUGACUGUGGUGUACUUCGGCCCUCUCACCUGCUCCAUCGUCACUACCACACGGAAGUUCUUUACCAUCCUGGGCUCUGUCCUUCUGUUCGGCAACGUCCUCAACACCAUGCAGUGGGUCGGCACUAUCCUGGUGUUCCUUGGUCUCGGGUUUGAUGCCAAAUUUGGCAAGACACCAAAGAAGACCACACACUAAGGAACCUGGAAUAUGUGUCAUGGCAAAACUGACAAACUGAAAGUCCAGUGGACAGAAAUCCAUAUCUCUCUGAUUUUCUUACCACAUCUUGCCUAGGCAGUACACCUACAUACACUUAGUCAUUGUUAGUUACCAUAUUAUCAUUUUGAUUUUCUUUACAUAAUCAUGAAAGAAGCCCCUAUGUUUUCAAACGUCCCCAUUCUCCUGAACCUAUACUACGACAGACAAGCAUCAUCUACUUAGACCGCAAGACCACAUCCACAUGAAGAGGAAAUGGGGCAGAAUGAGAUGGGUGGGCAGAGGAAAGAUGACAACAUGCACGUCAAAUCCCUUGUGGUGGUUGAGGCUGCUCCUCCCAUUGGAGUACAUCUAAACCACACAGGCCUAUGAAUCUCAGCCCCAAGAUUCACCAAGGAAUGCCUGGUUUUCACUGGUAUUUGUAAUCGUAAAGAAAUUGGUUACAGAAAAACACCCUAAUAAACGAUUAAACAUGUUUUCCAUGGUUCUAGGAUUGUAACACCAGGCUGACAAUGACCUAGUUCUUUCUCAAAAUUAUAAAUGCAUCAUGUAUACAUGU